AUGAUUUCUACAGUUUUACAUCAGCGUGCACGUUUCAUGAAUUCUCCUUCAUUAAAGAUUUCACUUUCCAAAUGUAAAUUCAAUCUUGCUGCAUCUAUUCCAACUUUAAAACAACUUAACAUUAUACCCAUUCGUUGUCACACUACGAAUUCUCUGCUAAAUAAACACAAUGAUUCACAUAAAGCCUUAAACUCUUUGAAUAAAUCUUUUUUAGAUUGUAAACGCAGAUAUCAAACUAAUAGUUCAAAACUCAGAAAAGUGAAACAAUCAAAAAAUGGUAUAGUCGAACGAGAGAAAGUUAAGGGAUGGGGCGAAUUAUCAACCGGACAAAAAGCUGCAAGAGCUGCUAAGGCAACGACAAAUAUUAGCGUAAUCGUGAUAGGAGUUAGUGUUUUUGGUGUAUUGUUAUAUUACGUUAUGUCGGAACUUUUUGGGCCAAAAAGCUCUACUAAAGUUUUUAAUGAAUCAUUGGAAAAAAUUAGAACCAAUCCAGAAUGCCAGAAAGUUUUAGGUACACCAAUAAAAGGUCAUGGAAUGCCGAUUCCAAAUUCAAGACUACGUCAUCCUAGAGCCCGUCUUCGAGAUGUGAUAAACACGGAUGGCACACCACAUCAAAUAAUGCAAUUUUAUGUCGAAGGUCCUUUAACUCAUGGAAAUGCAUUAUUGGAUAUGAUUAAGGACGAUCAAGGAAAUUGGGUUAUAAAAUAUUUAGUUGUCGUUAUACCUGGGUAUGGUAGACGCAUUUAUAUUGAAUACCAUGGUGAUGUGAAAGAUAAAGAAAAUUGA